CGGCGUUCAUGCUCAUCGGCGUGUCCAACAUCUUCGGCAUGGCCGGCCUCUACGUGCCCUUCGUGUACAUCGUGGACGCCGCCAUGAUGAACGGGGUGGAGGCGGGCAAAGCGUCGUUCCUGCUGUCGAUCAUCGGCAUCACGAACACGAUCGGGCGUAUCGCGUGCGGCUGGGUGGCCGACUUCCCCUGGAUGGACUCGCUACUGCUCAACAACCUGUGCCUCGUCAUCGCCACGGUAACUUCUCUUCCAUAUUCAAAUUCAAAACGUUUAUUUGCCAAAAACACAGUAAUACAGGGUGACAAUAUUAAAUAG